CAGUAUUGAAAUCAAGGUAUUUACAUUUCAGGAGGGAAGAGAGAGAGAGAGAGAUGAAGCUGAGUAGAAAAUGGAAGAAAUAUGGAAGAGGAGAUAAAGAUGGAGAGGACGACAAUUUCUCUCUCCCCACUUCUGACGAUGUCCGUCCCUUGGACACCCAAGAACAGGAGGAAUUGGUUCGAUCACUUCAACAAAUUCAAGUUCAACAGUCUCUUUUAUGGAGGAGAGUGUUUUCAGCCAUUGCCUUUUGUUAUGCCGCGUUUCUCAUCUACUCAAUCUAUCAGCAGGUUUCUUCUCCAUGGGAACUGCGUUAUCAUGCUUACUUCAUGGAAGAGGUUGACUCCUGGAUCAUUAUAUCUGCAGAUUGGGCAGCUGUUUUGGUGUGUUCAGUAGCUAUUGUUGGGCUACUUCAUGAUUCAAGAUAUCACAGACGAUGGCUUUGGUAUUCCUUCCUUUCGGGAAUUUUAGUGGCAGUGUUCUGGUUGUAUCUAAUGCUGAGAUUGCCAAGGUUCAGGUGGGAUAUUGUCUGGCUUCCCUUCGGGCCUCUAAGCGGAGCUGGAAUUUGCCUUUACGUGGACCAUCUACUCAAUGAGUCGUCUGAAGAAGUAAGAAAACUUCAAGGGUACAUGUAUGCUUACAAGGCCAGCUAAAAAGUUUCUACUAAUCGAC